GCCUCUGAAUCCAUAGGAGGCAUAGCGGCUGGCUGUGAACAGGACACGGCCCUCUCGGCAAAGUUGCCUGGAGUUACGGUUCUCAUUAGUAAUCUGCUUCCGGUAGUUAACUAUGAGAGUUAUCCAGGAAGUCAGACUGGGAAGUCAUAUGAAAUUUUGUUAAAGCUGCUAAGUCAAAUAUGGAUUUAUGUCAGGUAUUACUAACUGCAUGUUCAGCUUCAUUUAUGUACGCUUCUGAAAUGCCUUCUAUAAGCUGGCCCAAAAGGGAAAACGUUACUUUGGAAGGUAGCACCUGAAGUGUCCUAAAGUUCCUUACCAAAACUAAUACUGAACUGAAAGCAUUCCUCAAUUUAUCUAAACCCCAAGGUGUUAUUGCUGUUACAAGUAUAAACAUAAAAUGACUUGCGAAAGUUUUGCUACUUAAGGGGGACAUAGGGAACCGGUUCCUCAUUUGGAAUGUGUCACUAGCUUACAUGACUUGCAGCUGCUUCUGCAUAGGAAAUGUAUGCACAGAGAAUAAUGUGUCCCCAACAUCCAUCCCCUCCUAUGGGGCUGACAGCAGGUGUUUAUAUCCUUUUUUCUGUGUAAGGGUUGUUUAAGGCAUAAAGGGGUAUGACUGGCCUCUGUGGCAGCAUUGUUGAACUGCUGCACUUGCCGCUUGAGAAGCACUUCCACCAGGGAGGACACAAAAAAUAAUGUGAUGGUUUGAAAACCUCAGCCACACUUCAUCAAAAUGCAACGGGGUCUAUUCCAUACUGCUUCUCAGCUGGCACAUGGGACGUACUUGGUUCUUCCUCGCACUGGUAUCUUUCAGUGCUUAAAAGGACAAUCAGUGUUGUCUAAUAUUGGAUGCAAAGUGAUUUUGGCACUGGACCCUCCUAAACGCUGUCUUCACGCAGGUGCAGCAUGCUUUGCCUCAAAUAAAAGUGCUUCUUCAUCACAGCCAGCAGACAGUCCUCACAAAGUGCUAGAAGAGAGAAAUCAUUUGACUUCAGCCACUGAUACAGCCAAGCAGAGCCCUGUAGAAUCAGAUUCUUCAGAACUUGAUCCAUUACAAGACAAAUCAAUUAGUCUUGUUCAGAGAUUUAAGAAAACUUUUAAGCAGUAUGGAAAAGUCAUGAUUCCCGUGCAUCUUCUGACUUCCACUGUGUGGUUUGGAUCCUUUUACUAUGCAGCUAUGCAAGGAGUGAACGUUGUUCCAUUCCUAGAGUUAAUUGGCUUACCAGACAACAUAGUGAACAUCUUGAAAAAUUCCCAGAGUGGAAAUGCACUAACUGCGUAUGCAUUGUAUAAAAUUGCAACUCCUGCCAGAUACACUGUGACUUUGGGAGGAACAUCCAUCUCUGUUAAGUAUCUACGUAAGCAUGGCUACAUGUCCACACCACCACCAGUAAAGGAAUAUAUACAAGAUAGGAUGGGGGAAACAAAGGAUAAGAUUACAGAGAAGAUGGGGGAAACAAAGGAUAAGAUUACAGAGAAGAUGGAGGAAACAAAAGAUAAGAUUACAGAGAAGAUGGAGGAAACAAAAGAUAAGAUUACAGAGAAGAUACAAGAAACCAAAGAUAAAGUUUCAUUUAAAAAAAUAAAGGAGUAGGAGAGAUGCUUAAUUUUUGGAUAUAUCAAACUUAGCACUUUAACCCUUUGUGAGGCAGGAUAUACGAAGUGCACUUCUGAGCUUUUUUUUCUCUCCCCCCUUCCGAGACUACAGUUGCUUUGUGGAUUUAAAAUUUCUGUACAUUCACCAAGGUUAAAGUUCGCUGGGGGAGAGGUGGUAAUGAGAUUUCAACUUGCAGAUGGAAAAGUGCAUCUCGGAUUAGAAGUCCGUAUGUCCAUUGGUAAUAGUGUUAACAGCUACUCUGUCUUCUCCUUUUUUCUUUUUAUCUCCACCACAAACGCACCCUCCCCGUACCCUCCAAAGAUAGUUUCUUCUAAAAGCCACUACUUUAUUCUUCCAUCAUAGUGCACAGCCAUUACUCCAUUAGACUGAAUCUUCCAUUAAAUGUGAAGGAAGAUUUCUCUCUCUACUGGGAAAGACAACAUAUUUUGGUUUUCAGAGUAUGUGGGCCCAGGCCUCUUCACUUGUGAUCAUCUCUCAACUUGGUGACAGACCAUUAUCACUGGUACUGCGCAUGAAGGAAUCGAUGGAUUAGCUACUUGGCCCGAAUGAAUUCUAAUGGCUGCAUUGACUUGAGCUGAGCUGUGAUCCUUUAGAGGUUGAGACUAUGAAUCUUUCUUGGACAGUAUAUCUUUUCAGAAAUCUCAACUGAAAGCUCUAAGAAGAUUAAUUAAUCACAGUAGCCAUACUGUCAAGUAUACUUUGUUUCCUAAAGUUGAUUUACAGUAGAAAAUUACUAAAUGAUAUUAAUAAUUGUAUAUUAAAAAUUAGGUUAUUUUUUUAUCAUAUUAAAGUUUACAAAACUGUUCUAUUUCAUUUUGGGGGGGGGGGGGGAACCUGAAAGAGAAGUUUACUUGAGAAAUGGGUAUAUUAAGUGGAUUUUUAAAUACAUGCAAAGUUAGAGUUAAACCCAAAAGUUCUUCCUCCUAUUCAGGAAUCCCUCAGACUUCAGUAGAACAAUUCAACUAAAAUAAAUAAGCAUAAUUUCUGAGACAGUCUACCAAACUUUCUUUCCUUCUAGAUUUUCUUGGGUCAAGCAAAUACUUACUCAUAGCUGAAGGCUGAAAUGCUGUCUCAAAGAUGUCUUAAAGGACUAAAGUUGGAACUCUUGUAUUUGACUGGGCAGGCAAACUGCUCUCAUGGCUUUAUUCAAAUGCAAGCUAACGAACUGUGUUUUUCCUAUUCGUAUUACAGGUCUCACUUUCUAGCCAGCCUCUGCCUGUGUAUCUUGUUUGACAAAGGUGGGGUUUUUGCAGGGGAGUAUGGGGAAGCAAGAGAGUUGAACCCUGAGCUUUGUAAAUGACUAGAGUAAAAGAAUUAUAGCUGAUAAAGUAUUGGCUCUGCUCCACUCUUAUGUUUUCAGUCAAGUCACUGAGGGCCUCCCUGUGUUUUAGUGAGUUUAACUUCAUUAACUUAAUUGUGCAGGAUUGAUUACACACUCCUCUGCCUCAUGUCCACAUGUCAAAUAGUAACUGCAAUGUAAUGCCUACCUCACAGGGAUGUUGUGAGGAAUAAUCAUUGUAUAUUCGGUGCCCUGAAGAUGUAAAGUGCCAUGUUUCUGAUAAAUAUUAUUAAAAAAAAUAAUCUGUGAA